GAUGCCGCAGCCGCCGCGGCCAGCGCUUCCUCUUGUGUCUUCGCGGUGCGCUGCUGGUUCCUGCAGCCCGAGCGGCGGGAGAGGCGAAGCGAGAACCUCCGGGAGGAAAAGGAAGAAGGAGCGGGGUGGGGCGCGCGGGGACCCGGGCCUGAGCGCGGGACACCGAGCCCGAGCGGGGCGGAGAAGAGAAGGCGCCGCGCCAGCCCCUCCCCCGCCGCGGCCCGCCCGCCCCGGCAGCCCGAGCCCAGCCCGCCGCUGCGCCCGCCCCGCGGCCAUGCCGGGGCCCGGCCGCCCCUGAGGGAGCCGCGUCCGCCCGCCCGCCCGCCGCCGCCGCCGCCGCGUCCCCCGCCGGCCCCGUCCUGCGCUUCCCACCCGCUGCGGCGGCCGCCGCCUCUUCCGCCGCCGGGCCCGGGCCUCCGCGCAGACAACAUGGAGGCCGUGAAGACCUUCAACAGCGAGUUGUAUUCCUUGAAUGACUAUAAACCACCCAUUUCUAAAGCGAAAAUGACCCAGAUUACAAAAGCGGCCAUCAAAGCUAUUAAGUUUUAUAAACAUGUGGUCCAAAGUGUUGAGAAAUUCAUUCAGAAAUGCAAGCCAGAAUAUAAGGUACCAGGACUCUAUGUUAUUGACUCCAUUGUGCGACAGUCCCGACAUCAGUUUGGUCAAGAAAAGGAUGUGUUUGCACCCAGAUUUAGUAAUAACAUCAUUAGCACUUUCCAGAAUUUAUAUCGUUGCCCUGGGGAUGACAAGAGUAAAAUAGUGAGAGUAUUAAACUUGUGGCAGAAGAACAAUGUAUUUAAGAGUGAGAUCAUUCAGCCCCUUUUGGACAUGGCAGCUGGGAUUCCUCCCCCAGUUGUCACACCUGUGUUGGCCGGUACUGCAGCCAUGAGCAACACUCCAGGAACUCCUGUGACACCUGUUACUCCGGCCAAUGUGGUUCAGGGCCUGCCUGACCCUUGGGUAUCUCAGAUCGCAAAUACAGAUACACUUGCAGCUGUUGCUCAGAUCUUACAAAGUCCUCAAGGCCAGCAGCUUCAGCAGUUAAUACAGACCUUACAGAUACAGCAGCAGAAGCCUCAGCCCUCCAUCCUGCAGGCACUGGAUGCGGGACUUGUGGUUCAGUUGCAGGCCCUCACUGCACAGCUUACAGCUGCAGCUGCAGCGGCCAGCACUCUGACCCCCUUGGAUCAAGGAGUCUCUUUCAAUAAGAAGUUGAUGGAUAGAUUUGAUUUUGGGGAAGACUCUGAGCAUAGCGAAGAACCCAAAAAGGAUAUCCCAACUCCUCAACUUUCUCACGUUUCAGAGUCUGUGAACAAUUCCAUUUUUCAUCAGAUUGCAGAGCAGCUGCAACAGCAAAACAUUGAACAUCUCAGACAGCAGCUCCUGGAGCAGCAGCCUCAGAAGGCAACUCCCCAGGAUAGUCAAGAAGGAACAUUUGGGUCAGAGCAUUCGGCAUCACCAUCACAAGGAAGCAGCCAGCAACAUUUCCUUGAACCUGAAGCAAAUUUGGAUGAUUCCAUAGAUAUUCAGCAACAGGAUAUGGAUAUAGAUGAAGGGCAAGAUGCAGUGGAAGAGGAGAUCUUUGAACAAGAAGCUAAGAAAGUAGCUGUUCGCUCAAGAUCAAGAACUCACUCAAGAUCUCGCUCAAGAUCACCAAGAAAACGAAGGUCCAGGUCACGAUCUGGUUCUCGAAAGCGUAAGCACAGAAAGCGAUCGCGCUCCCGCUCCAGAGAAAGGAAGAGGAAGUCAUCACGUUCCUACUCAAGUGAAAGGAGAGCCAGAGAAAGAGAAAAAGAACGGCAGAAAAAGGGAUUACCUCCAAUUAGAUCUAAAACAUUAAGUGUAUGUAGUACUACUCUCUGGGUUGGUCAGGUGGACAAGAAGGCAACACAACAAGAUUUAACUAACCUUUUUGAAGAGUUUGGACAAAUUGAAUCUAUUAAUAUGAUUCCUCCCAGGGGCUGCGCUUAUGUAUGUAUGGUUCAUCGGCAAGAUGCUUUUCGAGCUCUUCAGAAACUGAGUUCAGGGUCCUAUAAAAUUGGUUCCAAGGUCAUUAAGAUUGCUUGGGCUCUAAACAAAGGUGUAAAAACUGAAUACAAACAGUUUUGGGAUGUAGAUCUUGGAGUUACAUAUAUACCAUGGGAAAAAGUUAAAGUGGAUGACUUGGACGGUUUUGCAGAAGGAGGCAUGAUUGAUCAGGAAACUGUAAAUACUGAGUGGGAAACGGUGAAAAGUUCAGAGCCAGUUAAAGAGACUGUCCAGACCACACAGAGUCCAACUCCAGUUGAAAAAGAGACUGUGGUCACAACGCAGGCAGAGGUUUUCCCUCCACCGGUUGCCAUGUUGCAGAUUCCAGUAGCACCUGCAGUGCCGACAGUUAGUUUAGUCCCACCAACGUUUCCUGUGUCAAUGCCUGUGCCCCCUCCUGGAUUCAGUCCUAUCCCUCCGCCUCCUUUUCUGCGAGCAAGCUUUAACCCUUCACAGCCACCUCCUGGUUUCAUGCCACCUCCAGUCCCUCCACCUGUGGUACCACCCCCUGCAAUCCCUCCAGUAGUACCAACAUUAAUUCUUCAGGCUUCUGAACAAACCUUCAGUAAUUUGGGCGAGCCUACUUCAAAAAUUAGACCCCCAAAGGCCCUUAUUAUAAAGACUUUAGUGCAACCACCAUUGUCCAUGGCCCCAGAAACUGUGAAAGAUGUUGGCUUUGGUAGCCUUGUUCUGCCAGGUGGUUCUGUUGCCGGCAGUCUAGCUCCUUCCGCUCUACCAGCUGGAAAUGUUUUUAAUCCUCCAACUAAACAAGCAGAGCCUGAAGACAAAGUACCUCAUCUUAUAGAACAUCAGAUUUCCUCUGGUGAAAACACCAGACCAGCGAUUCCAAAUGAUAUUCCAACUAAUGCUGCGAUUUUAGGAGGACAGCCACCUAAUGUGACGAGUAAUUCUGGAAUUCUGGGAGCCCAAAGACCAAAUGUACCAAGUAAUUCUGAAAUUCUUGGGGUUCGGCCAGCAAAUGUUUCCAGCAGUUCUGGGAUUAUUGGAGCACAACCACCACAUAUCUUAAAUCAUUCUGGAAUUUUGGGAAUACAGCCACCAAAUGUGUCGAGUAGUUCUGGACUUCUGGGUGUGCUGCCUCCUGGUCUGCCUAACAGUUCUGGACUUGGAGGAAUACAGCCACCAAGUGUCACAAAUACUUCCGGACUUUUGGGAACGCAGCCACCAGCUGGACCUCAAAACUUGCCCCCUCUGAAUAUCCCUAGUCAAAGGAUGCCUGCAUUGCCAAUGUUGGACAUUCGUCCCGGACUAAUACCACAGGCACCUGGACCAAGAUUCCCUUUAAUUCAGCCUGGAAUUCCGCCCCAGCGGGGUAUCCCUCCCCCAGUGGUCCUGGACUCAGCUCUUCACCCACCGCCCCGGGGACCUUUUCCUCCAGGAGAUAUUUUCAGUCAUCCAGAAAGACCUUUUCUAGCGCCUGGAAGACAAAAUGUAGACCACGUUACCAAUCCAGACAAAAGAAUUCCACUUGGGAAUGACAGUGUUCAACAAGAAGGAGAUCGAGAUUACCGGUUUCCUCCGGUAGAAAGCAGGGAAGGCAUUAGUAGGCCUCCUGCAAUGGAUGUUAGGGAUGUGGUUGGACGGCCUAUAGAUCCAAGAGAAGGUCCUGGAAGGCCUCCAGUAGAUGGUAGGGAUCAUUUUGGACGACCUCCUAUAGACAUAAGGGAGAAUCUUGUAAGACCAGGUAUAGAUCAUCUUGGUCGAAGAGACCACUUUGCUUUUACUCCAGAGAAGCCUUGGGGGCAGAGAGGAGAUUUUGAUGAGAGAGAGCAUCGGGUUCUCCCUGUUUUUGGUGGUCCAAAAGGCUUACAUGAAGAAAGAGGAAGGUUUCGGGCUGGAACCUUUCGCUUUGAUCCUAGAAGUGGUCCUUGGAACCGAGGAUUUGGACAAGAAGUUCACAGAGAUUUUGAUGACCGCAGAAGACCCUGGGAAAGGCAAAGGGAUAGGGACGACAGAGAUUUUGAUUUCUGCAGAGAAAUGAACGGAAAUCGUCUUGGACGUGAUAGAAUUCAAAACACUUGGGUCCCCCCUCCUCAUGCUCGGGUUUUUGAUUAUUUUGAAGGGGCCACUUCCCAACGUAAAGUUGAUAACGUGCCUCAGGUUAAUGGUGAAAAUACAGAGAGACAUGCUCAGCCACCGCCUUUGCCAGUUCCAGUACAGAACGAUCCUGAACUUUAUGAAAAACUGACAUCUUCAAAUGAGAUAAACAAGGAGAAGAGUGACACAGUUGCUGAUGUAGAAAGUGAACCAGUGGUGGUAGAAAGCACAGAAACUGAGGGGACAUAAUCAUCACUCAGUAGGUAAAAGAUACCUUUUGUAAAGUUGUCAUCCCUGUAAUAGAUUGAUGGCUGACCGGACCGUAGUUGUUCACUUUUGUCUGCCACAAUUAAGUUAAUCUGAUGUUCAUGUCACCUUGCUCUUACAAUAAUUGUACAACUGACUUGUAUAGACAUUGUUCUUAGUAUGAACAUGGUAGGUAAACAUUUUUUUUUUAUUUUUCGGAUAAAAAUAUAAAUGUUGCCCCAGAUUCUUUUAAUGUUGAGGAAAUGAAUAACAGCUUGUCAGAGACUUCCUAUGGAAGAAAGAGUUUUUUAGAUACUAUCAUUAGGUUGGAUAUGGUAAUCGAUAUAUUUCGAACUAGCAAGUGGUAGUAUAUCUUACCCAUAUCUCUAGGCUGCUGCAGAAUUUUAAGGUAAUAGACAAAGCUGUGAUAUUUUAUGCGAAGACUGGCUGUAGAUAUUUGAGGAGCAUAAUACAGAGAUUUUUUAAAAAGUGAUUUUGUAAAAUCUACACUAUGGUCUCUGUUACUCCAAAGUAAGUGUGUAUGAUUUGUUCCUCAUACUGCAGUAAGUUAAAAAAAGAAGAAAAUAACAUAAAUAUUAAAGUACGUUUCAAUGUUGGGUGAAUUUUGUUUUUAGAUGCCAAUAAAACUUACUUGUUUGAUAACAA